AUGGGAAAAGAUUACUACAAAAUUUUGGGACUUGCGAAGGGUGCAUCAGACGAUGAAAUCAAAAAAGCCUAUCGCAAAUUAGCGUUGAAAUACCAUCCAGACAAGAACAAAUCAGCAGGCGCAGAAGAGAGAUUUAAGGAAGUCGCUGAAGCGUACGAGGUUCUAUCGGACAAGAAGAAGCGUGAGAUCUAUGAUACCCUCGGUGAAGAAGGAUUGAAGGGAGGAAUGGGAGGACAGAACGGACCUGGAAGCGGACAAUCGUUCUCAUACACCUUCCACGGGGACCCGCGGGCGACGUUCGCACAGUUCUUUGGAUCAGCUAGCCCGUUCCAAGGGUUGUUCGACCUCAAUGGUGGCUCCGGCGCCUCGACAAUGUUCUUCGACCGCGACAUGGACGUAGAUCUCGAUCCAUUCGCCAACAUCGGAAUGGGACAGACGAGACCCGGCGGCGGAAGUGGGGCUUUCAGGAGUCACAGUUUCAAUUUCCAUGGGUCACCGAACAGGAAGGAAAAAACCCAAGAUCCGCCGAUAGAACACGAUUUAUACGUGUCGCUGGAAGACAUCGCUCGUGGAUGUGUUAAAAAGAUGAAGAUUUCUCGCCGCGUCAUUCAGCCAGAUGGUACAUCGAAGAAAGAGGACAAGGUGUUGACCAUCCACGUGAAACCUGGUUGGAAAGCUGGUACGAAGAUCACGUUCCAGAAGGAAGGUGACCAGGGCAGGAAUAAGAUCCCUGCUGACAUCGUCUUCAUCAUCAGAGACAAGCCAAACCCCUUGUUCAAACGAGAAGGCAGUGACAUCAGAUAUACAGCCAAGAUAUCACUCAAACAGGCUCUUUGCGGGACUAUCAUUGAAGUGCCUACCAUGUCCGGCGAGAAGCUCACAGUUAACUUGCAAGGCGAGGUUGUGAAGCCCUACACUGUGAAGAGAUUCCCCGGCUACGGCCUGCCAUUCCCCAAGGAACCAACACGGAAAGGAGACCUGCUGGUGGCCUUCGACAUCAAGUUCCCCGAUCGUCUAAAUUCUGGAGUGAAAGAAAUACUCAUGGACACGCUACCCAAUUAA